AUGUCACACAUUUCACAAUUUUUUAAUGUUGCUAUACUACAGAUUUCAAAAGACAUUGACCUUCUGCUAAUUGGAAAAACUGGGAAAGGAAAAAGUGCGCUAAGAAACAGUCUUUUAGCGAGAAAGGCUUUCGUUUCGACUGCAGAUUUUUCCUCUGUAACCGAUGUCAUUAAAGCUGAGCAGGGUUCAUUUAACGGACGUGUACUGAAAGUUGUUAAUACUCCAGGUGUAUGUGAUAUGAGAAUGAGCGAAGAGGAUUCAGUUAAAAUGGUUACAGAAAAAAUGAAUGAUGCUAUUGAAAUCAAUCCAGACGGGUAUCAUGCGUUUAUUUACGUUUUAAAAUUUGGAGAAAGAUUUACAGAAGAAGAUGUUAAUGUCUUGCUAAUACUUAAGAACAUAUUUGGAAGUGAGUUUGUAAACAAAUUUUGUAUUCUUGUACUGACAUGUGGUGACAACUUUGAAAAGCAAGUUACUAAUGAAACUGGAGAGACAUUUAAACAAUGGUGUGAUAAACAACAGGGUGUGUUUAAACAGCUGUUAGACGAGUGUGAGGGUAGAGUUGUAUUGUUUGAUAACUUUACAAAGGAAAACGAAGAAAUACAAAAACAGAAAACUGAUCUCAUCCAUGUAAUAGACAGGAUGCAAUCCAGUGGUAAGCGAUACACCGACACAUAUUUUGUUCAAGCAAAGGAGACAAGAGAUAAACUGCUGAUAGAAUGUAAAAUUCCAGCACUAAAAGACAAAAUACUUAAAGAAAUGGGCAUUAUUAUGUCAAGUUACAAUCAAAUGAACUUUGAGGAUCUCGAAAGUAAAAGAAAAUCAUUAUUAGAUUUAAAUGAAAAAACGAAGGUACUGCUACACGAUAUAUCAAAAGAGGACAAGGAAAGCGGGGCAUUAAGUACGAUAUUAAAAACUGUUAAAAAAACGAACAAAAUGGUUGAAAAUGAAAUUCGUGUAUGUGAGAUUUUAAUACACGAACAUAAUAAAUAUAAGGAAAUGAGAGAAAGUUUAUUACUAGAAAUAGAUACAUGCAAAACGAAAAUAGAUAUUUUAGACAAAAGCGAAAAACGAAAUGAUAAAAAAAUCACAAUAGAAAUCGAUGAACUUAAAGCAAAACUAGAACAGGCUAAAGCUACUAUAAAGAAAGAAGAAGAAUCAAAUAAGAAGAAAGUAUCAGAAAUGACUGACAAUUUUGAUAAGAAAAUCGCGGUUUACAAAAAUUUGGAGCAAUUUUACAAAGAACAAACUGAAAAAUUCGAGGAAAAAGUAGCGCAUUUAGAACAACAACUGAGGAGGCAAAGUAACCAAUUAUGUGAAAGCAUAAACAAGUUCAAAAUGCCAGAUAAUGUAGAUAGAUAUACACAUAAGGAAACAUGGGAACUUCACUUAAAAGAGUUAAAUCUAAGAGCUGAAAAUGAAAAACAAGAAUAUGAAACUAGGAUGUCUGUGUUAGAAUCAAACGCAGUUGAACAGAAAUUGAAACUUGAAAAACGUAUUGCAGAACUAAAAUCAAACGCAAAAGAAGAAAAAGAAUUAUACCAGCGAAAUCAAGCUUAUUGUGAAUCAAGAGCUAAAGAACAAAAAGAAAAUUAUGAACAAACGUUAACCGACAUAGAAACAAAAGUAAAAGAUCAGAAAUAUAUUUUUGAACACAAAAUUGCAGUUUUAGAAUCAAAAGCAAAAGAUCAGGUCGAAAUUAAUGAACAGAAAAUAGCGGAUUUAAAAUCAAAAGCAAAAUUUCAGAAAAAAAUUAAUGAACGAAAACUUGCAGAUUUGGAAUCAAAAGCAAAAGAUCAUAUUGAAAUUUAUGAACGAAAAAUAGCGGAUUUAGAAUUAAAAGCUAAGUUUCAGAAAGAAAUUAAUGAACAAACUAUUGCAGAUUUAAACCUAUUAGCUAAAGAUCAAAAGGAAACGUUUGAACUGAAACACAGUUAUUUAAUCUCAAUAGCAAAUGAACAAAAAGAAUCUUACGAACAAAAAAUAACAGAUUUUGAAAAAAAAAUAAAAGAACUGAUAGCAUCGCAUGGACAAAAAUUAAAGGAUCUAGCCUUACUUGAAGACGAGAAGCAACACAUUUACAAAUGUAACCUAGAUCGGAAAAACAAAUACAUCGAUGAUUUAGAAAACAGGCUUGUGCAGCAUAUUGUAAGACGAACUAUGUAUAUGUUUGAUCGUGAACAUUAG